AUGCCAGGCAGCCCAGAGAAUAUCCCCCUGGGAGAGUGCACCCUCUCCCAGUCCAGGGACCAGCUGACGCCCCCGAGCCGCACAGAGAGCACCGUGUUCAGCCUGUCCCGCAGCGAGACCCUAUGGACCACAGAGAUCCCUCGCAGCAAGUGUGAAGUCUUCUGGUUCCCCAUACACCUCAUGUCCACCGGGGGAACCUUCCUGGCAUGCGGCAUUAUCAUCAGCGGCCUGUACUUCGCUGGCCACUGCAGGAAGAUCACCACCAUCCUGGGACCGGCACUGCUGUCCAUUGGGCUGAUGGUUUUUGUGGUGGGUGUGGUCCUCAUCCCCAUCACCAAGGAGAACAGGAAGCAGUCAAAUAUGAAGAAGCCCCCCAGUUACUACAGGCCUCCGGUGUUCAAUCUGUGA